ACUCAAAGAGUUCACCUAAGUUUCGAUGGAACAGAGGAGAGAUGUUUCUAGACCCAUAUCGUUUGUUUGUGUCGAAAUAGCGAGCACUAUUAAAGAUAGAAAUAGGGGGAAAAUAAAAUGGCAAGGUCAUCACUGGAACGGAGGGAAGGUUAACGCAAACCGAUGGGUGAUGCAUGUAAAUGGAAAGCUUGUUGUAGACAGGAUGCUUGCAGAAAUAGGAAAUGCUAAAAACUUCACAGUUUAUAGUAUUGCCAUAUGGCUUGAUUCCCAAAUCGCCUCACAUCCACAGCUUAAGGCUUUCUUCCGGACCAUAUCACCCAUACAUAUCUUGAAUGGGGACUGGACCACUGGAGGUCGCUGUGAUAAUAAUGUUCCACUUAUUAAAGGAAAUGAAGUCCAGCUAGAGGAAUCAAGUGAUCCAGUUAUUGGGGGUGCUGUGAACUAAGAAGCAUCGUUAUGCUGGUUAUGAAAGUAUUUUUUUUUUAUCGCCACAAUGUAACAAGUUUUUCCUAUACCAAAUGGGAUCUACUGAUCUUUUAUAGAUGCUUGCAUUUAUUUGAGAUUGACUUUUUAUCUUUAUUUGGUUAUUAAGGAAUUUUUCUUCUGUUGCAGGAAAUAUUAGGAUCUCAGUGAUCUCUAUAGGCCAUAGAUACAGUAUGUUGUCAUCAUUAUUCUUUUUCUGAAAUUUCUUG